AUGUUCAGUCGCUCUCGAAUUCUGGCCAGUGGAUGUUACAAGAGCUUAUCAAAGCGAGGGGUUUUCCCUAUUCCGCAAUUUUAUUCAAUCACCACUGCUACUGAGGUCAAUACCAGCAAUGCUCCCGUUCCUACUCGAGCGCAAAAGAACGAGGGUGCAAUCCUGGAUUUCUUUUCCACACUUGAUCCCAACGUCUCUCAUGAUCUUCCAGCAAGGUUUUCCGAUUUGAAAGCUGAAAUCUGGAAUGAAAGCCUUUUGGAGUCUUGGAAAGAGGUUUUGGCUGAAUUGGAGACGGAGACGGAAAAGAUUGCUUCUCUAGGAUCUAAGGUCAGAUAUAUGGAUCAACGUUGCAAUUUCAUUGUCAUACCAAAAGUUAGUUAUGAAGAAUUACGCGCAGGCCUUUCGGAGGACACUAUUGCAAAUGUCAAGCAAACCGGUGUAAUCUUGGUGACUGGCGCUGUUCAAAGAGAGGAAGCACUUAAAUGGAAAGAAUCCAUUCGGCAGUACAUCAAUGUAAAUAGGAAGCUUGUUCGAGGAUUCCCCUCGGAUAACCCCCAGAUAUACGAACUAUACAAUUCCGAGGCUCAAACUCUCGCACGUACACAUCCUAAUAUUCUCAACACACAGCGUGUACUUCUCUCACUCUGGCAUACAUCCGAUCCCAACACAGAGAUUAGCCUUGCCAACCCUAUUUCUUAUUUUGAUCGUCUUCGUAUCCGUACGCCAGGUGAUGCAACAUUCACACUUGGACCUCACGUCGACGGGGGCUCUAUCGAACGCUGGGAGGACCCACAGUUUCGGUCAUGUUGGCGUAAAAUUCUACAGGGUAAUGCUAGCUGGCGUGAACAUGAUCCUUUCGAUGCAUCUCCAAGGGUCGGUGCCAAGCAAGAUCUUUAUAAUGCUGCAAACCAAUGCUCUGUCUUCCGACCGUGGCAGGGAUGGACUUCAAUGUCAACGACGAGGCAGAACGAGGGGACACUACGAGUUUUACCAAUGCUUUCGCUAGCCACUGCGUAUCUUAUUCUUCGUCCUUUCUUUCGUCCACGUCAUUCUUCUUCAAAUUCUCUCAGGGUCGAGGACUGGGAGAUCGAUCUGUCGAAUCCUCUCUUCCCGGGGAGUGGAAUGGGUAAAGGUCAAGAAUUGAAUGAAAUCACUCAUCCACACCUGCAACUGUACAAAACCAUGGUUGCGAUUCCGAAGGUGGAACCUGGGGAUCAGAUCUAUUGGCACUGCGACGUGGUACACGCAGUAGAACAGCAACAUAAAGGGACAACGGAUUCAUCGGUGAUGUACAUCCCAGCAGUUCCAUUGACCAUGUACAACGCGGGAUAUCUUCGAGAUCAACGGAUCCAUUUUGAGCAAGGCCUCCCAGCACCUGAUUUCCCUGGAGGUGAAGGGGAAUCUCAUUUUGUUGGCAGAGCAGGUAAAGAAACCAUCCCCACAUCUUUUGGGCGGCAAGCAUAUGGUUUUGACCCAUUCGAUGAUACAUCUGAAUUCAUCAAGAAAGUCAAUUCCAGAGUUGCCGCAUAA